AUAAUCCGGAGAAAGAAUAAAGGAUAAGCCUGUCAGAAGUUGGACCAAUGGAAAGAAAAUCUCAUGGUUCUGUAAAUCCAGCAUGUUUCCUUUCCUUAUAAUGGUCCACAUUUGUUUUAUUUAUGAUGGUUUAUUUCUCUGGUAAAAACACAGUCAUAUAAAUAUACAAUAUCAAAUCAAAUUAUCUAACCUUAAUUGAGAUGGUAAUUUACAUUAUAUUACUAUAUAGCAAUCAUUUAAUGACUAAAAUAUACUAUAUGUAGCCGUUAUGCAUGUGCGCCACCUUGUACAAUCCACAUACUUUCAAUUAAUUGAGUUUUGAAUAGUGAAAAAAGACAAAAGUGGUAGGACAACUUUCCAUCCAAUAGGGAGUUGUGUCUUUGUCUGUUUGGAUUCGGUGAAAUCUCAUUCACUUUUCAGUUUUCACUCUGUGAAAAAGUAGAUUUCAGUACUUGUCAUCAUGACCAAUUUAGACCCACUUUCUUUCUUUAUUCCAACACACACACUGUUUCUUCCAAAAAGAUAGUAGUAUUGUUCCUUGCUAAAAUUACACUUUCCCAUUACUGCCAUCCUCUUUAAUUUGUAUAUCUACACCGAAUGAGGAGGCUGUUAUGUUUUAAUUCUUGUUGUUUUUGUUCCUCCAAGUUAUUGUGCAAUUCUCAUACCAAUCAGCCAUGGCCUUAACUUCUACUUGCUUUUGUCUUUCCCAAUUCUCACUCAAGAUCUGAAUUGUCACAUUUGAGAGCAGUUAAAACGCUAGUGAAGAUUUCAAGUAGAUAGUGAAGGGGCAAAUUUAUAGUCUAAAAUAUGGGGCGCGUGAACCCGUGGUCUCUCCAUAAAACAAGGAGGAACCAGACUCCAUCCCCCACGCUUGAAAUAAUAGACCCUGACCUUUUAAGUUAUCGAGUUCGGAAACGAGGAAUCAAGCAUGGAAAUGAAUGGAGUUUCCUCGGAGGAUCAACAGUAAUGCGUCAGCCUAACCUCCAAAAUAUUUCACAAGGAAGAAGCUGCAGGGUGUCUGCUAUGUGUAAUCUUUUCUUCCCACUGCUUUGGUUGCCUAGUUCUCAAGUAGCUAGUAGUGUUUUUACGCUAGGAACAGCAGCCGUUCUUCCAUUUUACACCCUCAUGGUUGCAGCACCUAAAGCCGAACUUACAUAUCUCUCUCCCUUUUUCAUGCACAAAAGUAGAACUGAUGGGGGCAUGAUUUCAGUGGCAUUGAUUUAUCAUCUAAUUACCAGAAAAUUGAUGGAAAGUGCCAUACCAUAUGUUGUGCUCGGACUUCUGUACGCAUAUCUGUUGUACCUGUCUUGGACACCUGAUACAAUUCGGCUGAUGUUUGCUAGUAAAUACUGGCUUCCCGAGCUGUCUGGUAUAGCAAAGAUGUUCUCCAGUGAGAUGACAUUAGCAUCUGCUUGGAUUCACCUACUGGCUGUAGAUCUUUUUGCUGCAAGGCAGGUUUAUCACGAUGGUUUGCAAAAUGGAAUGGAAACGCGUCAUUCUGUGUCUCUCUGCUUGCUAUUUUGCCCCAUUGGAAUUGUUAUUCAUCUCCUCACUAAAGCUGUAGUAAGUAGUGCAGGAAAAACAGUGCCUAGAACUCAUUGACAAAGAAUUAACAAUUUUGAAUGUUUUUGGCUAAUGCAACUGUGAAGAAAGUAUAAUUUUCAUUCAACAACAAAAGCAUGCAAGUUGAAAACUGA